UAUGGACCACCUUAAUCUGGGCUAGUGUCUCUCAGUGUUAAGUGUUCAUGUGAGACGUGGUGCGGAGCGGCUAUGGAGAUCAGCCGAAAGUGGAAGUUCUCGUGUCUUUUAUUGGGAUUACUUUUUCUCGCCACUACCUUGCAGAGUGUGCAAGGAGAGGUCGAGGUAGAAGGCCCAUCCGAAUCAGAAUGUAGACCUUACAUCGAGAAAGCUUUAAAAGAACUAGAAACUGCCGAGACAGAGCCAGAGGAUCCCGGAGCUCCGACUGUCGGGGAAAUCGAAGAUGCCCCAAGUGCGGAGAACGCCGUUGACGACUCCGAACACGAGACUAGUGUCGGAGAAGACGAUACCGACAAAGGCGAAGCAAGCGAAACUCAACAGGAAGAACACGACGCAUCCUUAGAGCAAAACGAUGAAGCCAAAAAAGACGACGAUAGCGCUCAAGAUGAUGGAGAAUCUCAAGAGGCUACCGACGCGAUAAGUGGCGAAGCUAAAGAUUCAGUAGAAGGUGAGUCCAUCGAAGAGGAAGCGAAGGAGGAAUCCGCCGAAGAAACGCAUACUGAACCAGAGCAAGCCGCAAGUUCUGAUGAAAAGACUGAUGAUGCAGCAUCAACUGAAGCUGUGGAUGAGGCCGCUGCGUCGACUGAAACUGUAGAUCAAGUAGAUGAUGGCAAAGAAUCCGAAGAACAACUUCAAGCUGAUCAACCACAGGAAGAGGAAGCGCAUUCGGCCGAGCAAGAAGAUAACCAAAGCAAAGAAGACGAUACCAAAGAAGAUGCAGAUCAUAAAUCAGAGGAAGUGAAGGAGGAGGACGAUAAAGAAUCUAAGGAGAAUGAUACGAAAGAAGAUACCCAAGACGAAACUAAGGAAGAGGAAUCGGUAGAAACUAAGGCGGAGUCCGCUGAAGUUAAGGACGAAGAUUCCCAUGAAACUAAAGAAGCAGAUUCUAAGGAAGCUAAGGAUGACAAUUCUAAGGAAACUAAAGAAGAUGAAACCAAGGAAGCCAAAGAUGAUGAUUCUAAAGAAAUUAAAGAAGACGAUUCGAAAGAAGCUAAAACCGAAGGAGCUGAUUCCAAAGAGGAUGAUGUAAAGGAAGCUGAGCCUGAAGGUUCUCACGAAGACAAAGCUGAAUCUAAAGAGGAUGAAGGUAAGGUUGAAUCUAAAGAAGAUAAAGAUGAAUCUAAAGAAGAUGUUAAAGAAGGCGAAGAUAGCGACAAAUCUGAUGUAGAAAUUAAAGAUGAAGAUUCGAAGGAAGUUAAAUUAGAUGUAUCUAAAGAAGAGGCGGAAGAAAAUGUAGUGGAAGAGAGUGCUACCGAAGAAUCAGAGAGCAAAGAAGAAGCUCCGGAAGAGGAAUUGAUUUUGGAUAUUGAGAUUCCCGAGAAUUUGAGGCCAAGAGAUCAAGUCGAUCAUUUGUUGAAGUUGGAUGAUAGUAAUAGCGGAGCCGAAGCUGUCCUUAAGAAGGCCGCUGACGUUACUUUGAAAGAGUUGAAGAAGUUGUAUGAGAAUGCUAUUAAACCAUUAGAAACUCUCUAUAAAUACAGAGACUUGAGCAAUAGGCACUUCGGUGAUUCGGAAAUCUUUUCCAAGCCUCUUGUACUUUUCAUGGGCCCGUGGAGUGGUGGAAAGUCAUCAAUUAUAAAUUAUUUAUUGGAUAAUGAAUAUAACGGCACUUCUUUAAGGACAGGUGCUGAACCAUCACCAGCUUAUUUCAAUCUCUUGAUGUACGGAGACAAACCAGAGGUUCUGGACGGUACACAAUUGGCGGCCGAUUUUACUUUCGCCGGCCUACAGAAAUUUGGACAAGGAUUGGAGGAGCGUUUGAGGGGUCUGAAGCUGCCAAGCAAGCUAUUGGAAAAGAUCAACAUUGUCGAAAUUCCUGGAAUUCUUGAAGUACGCAAGCAGGUGUCUCGCGUGUUCCCAUUCAAUGACGCCUGCCAAUGGUUCAUUGAUAGGGCCGAUAUCAUCUUUUUGGUAUACGACCCCUCCAAACUUGAUGUUGGGCCAGAGACUGAAGCAAUUUUGGAUCAGCUGAAGGGUAGAGAGCAUCAGACUCGCAUUAUUCUCAAUAAAGCUGAUCAAGUGAAGCCAGAGGAGUUAAUGAGAGUACAAGGAGCAUUAAUUUGGAACAUUUCCCCGCUAAUGUCAUCUGCCCAGCCUCCUGUAAUGUACACGACGUCGUUGUGGUCCAGGCCAUAUGAGGCAUGGGCUCCGGUGCGCUUGCUCCAGGCUCAGGAACGCGCCUUUCUGAGGGAUCUCCGAUCCGCCGUCGACAAAAGGAUCGAAAAUAAAAUCUCCAGUGCGCGAAGAUUUGCUGUACGCGUACGUAACCACGCUAAAAUGGUGGAUUGCUAUCUGACCACAUACUACAACCACAAGUCAGUGUUCGGUAACCGUAAGCAGGUUUCUGACCAGAUCAUCGAGCACCCGCAGGACUACCACAUCUACGAAGGCUUGUCGACCUUGACCAACAUCUCCCGCUACGAUCUCCCCGAUCCCGACGUUUACAGAGACUUUUUCAGAUUGAACGCUUUAUACGAUUUCCAACAGCUCUCCGCCACGUGCACAUUCUUCCGUGGUUGCCCCAUUAACAGGCUCGACGUGGCCAUAGCGUAUGAUCUACCCGAACUCGUUGGGAAGCACAAAAAGCUAGUAGAUGCCGCGAUGUCAGAGAUCAAAACGGAAAGUUGAUUCUGUCGCGAUUAUAAAGGACCAAGUACAUAUUUUGGCAGGUAUCGAAUCCUGAUCUAUUCAUUACCAAUUCCACAACACACAUAUUAUUUUUAUUUGUUUGUUUCCAUUUUGUUUUUCUGUUGAUAGUGCCAAAAAGUGACCUUACCUUUAUACUUUAAUCUUGGGGUGCUAUCUUAGUGCUGUUUUCGUUUCAUAUUCAUCAUUUAUUUUUUUAUUUUAUUUUCGGUUUUUAUUUUUCACCGUUGUGCAGUGCACAUAGACUGUCUUUGAGCUUCUUCUAGUCCUCUGCCAACUGUGUAUAUCGCAUUUACGAAUUCCUGCAAUCGGAGUGUUCUCUUCUGUUAUUUUGAUUUUAUUUUUGAAUUAGUAAGUUCUGGACAUACAAGUAUAUAUAUAUAUAAAUAUAUACAUAAUUACGAGGCGGUGCCUUCAUUAAUUCGCUUCUCGACGCUUCACUUAAUCCAUAUUUAUUUUAUUUAUUUUGAAAUAUAUAUUAUAUCACAUUACGUAAUAAAAAAAGUAGUAAUAUAAAGGAAAGCAAGUUCCAGGAGAGUAAAAAAUGAUUCUUUGAUUCCUUCUCACUUCAUAGUAUAUAAAUAUAUAUAACGAUGUGUUUCUGUACGUAGCUGCUAAUGUAUGUACAAAUAUAAAUGUAAAUAUGUUUGAGAAUA